UCGGGCUCCGUAAAAAAUAUCCAAAUUGGCGGCCAUGAUGCAACUCUUUGAAGCCUGAAACCACACAAAACCUCAAGGAGAGUACGUAGGUGUCUGAAAAAAUCCUUGUGAAUUGUUCAAACCGACCGUUAGCUGACAUAACAUUCAAAUUGUAGCUAUUUCUUCAGUGAGCAACCUACAGUUGCUGACUUGCUGUAAAGCUAUCUACAGUGCUUGCCAACGUACGCGUUUAUCAAGUUGAUUGUGGGUUGAAGGAGCAAGACAAGAGUGCACGAAAUUGGAGUAUAAAAAACAGGGAGCCCUUCAAUAUACAACUAAUAAUUUGGAUCGCUUGAGUGAUCACAUCAGAUACCGGCCGGUGAUCAGAGGAGAUAUCAGGCUAGAGUCCCAGCUUAAUUUCAGUGCGGGUGAAGAUAAGCUUGGAUGUUUAUUCAAAACAUUCGUUACAAACAACUUAAAUUAGAUGAAGAGAUAAAAAAGUUCGUGUGAUUAGGCUGUAGAAUCGAUGGUGCUUUUUCCAUCUUUUCAUGAUGGAUUGUCCAGAAUAAUAUCGACAAUCAAGGGCAGAAUAAUAUCGACAAUCAAGGGCAGAAACUCUCAAAAAGAUACUGGAAAGGAAGCUGCAGAAGCAUUGGCAAAGGAUGCGAGGAAGAACGAGUUGAUGUUGAGCUCCUCUGGCAAUGUUAAGUCGAGUAAGACAGAUAAUUUUGCAGCGGUCUGCUCCACGAGAGGGCAAAAAGGAAUUAAUCAGGAUUCUUCUGUUGUGUGGGAGGGAUUCGGGAGUCAAGAUGAUAUGAUCUUCUGUGGCAUUUUUGAUGGGCAUGGACCAUGGGGCCAUUUCGUUUCAAAAAAAGUUAGAGAAUCUGUACCCUCUCUGUUGCUGUGUAACUGGCAAGAAAACCUUGCGUUGACAUCGCUUGACAUGGACUUCGAGAUGGAUUUGGAUAGAAACCUUCACCAAUUCGAUAUUUGGAAGCAGUCCUACCUAAAGACUUACGCUGCCAUUGAUCACGAACUAAAGCAGAAUCGCAAGAUUGACUCCUUUUUUAGUGGGACUACGGCCGUAACAAUUAUUAAACAGGGUGAGAAUCUUGUUAUAGCAAAUGUUGGUGAUUCUCGGGCUGUGUUGGCGACCACUUCCAUUGAUGGCAGUUUGGUUCCACUUCAGCUUACCAUCGAUUUUAAGCCUAAUAUACCUGAGGAGGCUGAAAGAAUAACACAGUCGAAGGGUCGAGUGUUUUGCCUGCAUGACGAGCCAGGGGUCUAUAGGGUCUGGAUGCCAAACGGCAAGACUCCAGGACUAUCAUUAUCAAGAGCCUUUGGAGACCACUGCGUAAAAGAUUUCGGGCUCGUUUCGGAACCGGAUGUGACACGAAGAAACAUAUCAAGCAGAGAUCAGUUUGUCAUCUUGGCGACUGACGGGGUAUGGGAUGUGAUUUCCAACCAAGAAGCAGUGCAGGUUGUUUCUUUGACACAAGAUAGGGAAGAAUCAGCUAAAAGACUGGUGGAAUGCGCAGGCCGUGCAUGGAGGUACAAGAAAAAAGGGAUUGCCAUGGAUGAUAUCUCAGCCAUUUGUCUCUUCUUCCACCCUUCACCGUCUCAACAGAUCGACCCUCAACUGAUCUCCCCACAGGCUGACAUGAUGAACGCUUUGUAGAACAAUGCCUUCAACUACUCUAGUAGUUGUUGUAUAUGUAAUUGUGAAGAAGCAUUAUGGACCAAGAAUUUUACACGUCUAAGAAUUGAGUAAAGGAGCAUACCUCCUUCAA